GCAACCCCCAGCGAUUGGGCCAUUGGAUCCGGGCGCGAACGGCGGGUACCACACACCUUGCAGCCCGUCACUCCGGGGGAAGCUUCACAUCGUAUCCCGAAUUGUACGGCCCAUCCCAAUCGAACUACUCACCAAUUCUAACGUCCCGGCGGACAAGCGGCCCACCUCGUCAAUCGACUUACCACCAUCCUCCGAGACGAACGCAUCUUACCGCGACAAUGGUCGGCAGAGUCCUCUUCUGGAGCGGCUUCGGCUUCGCCGUCCGCUUCUGGCAAAUGGGCAUCGAGCUUCGCCCCUUCUUUAACAAGGAGUCCCUCUGGGUCUACCCGGUCUACAUGCUCGGUGGCGGCAGCUUCGGCUACUGGCUCCAGGGCGUCGACGAGAGGCAGUCGGCCAUCCUCGGCGAGCGCAAGUCCAUCCUGCUCGAGAAGCGCGCGAGGGCGGCGGCGCGCAAGGAGGAGGCGGAGAAGGCUCAGUCAUAAGAAGAAACACACGCGAAAUUUCGAUUGUAGACAACCUACCGACAAAAAAAAAGGAAGAGAGACAAGCAAGCCAAGGGUUGCCGAGAUGGAAACAGAUUUGUGACGUUGGUCUGAGUAUGGAAGAGCAAGGAGGGGGCCCGUUCGAUUCGGAAAUGGUCGGUUCGAGACCCUCGAAGAAUCAUGUUUCGUUCUGGAAGAGGAAUUGAGAUUACACAGGGACCGGAUGGGAUGCCAAUUGGGAAACCCCUAUCGAGGAGAAGGCUUCCUGUGUACAUAUUGCGUAGAGAGGGGGAGAGGCUUAAUUGACGCCGUAAAAGUCAUCGAUAUCGACAUCA